AUGAGUUCAGUUCUGAGCAGUGUUAGUUCAGCGAGAAGAUCGAUUCGAAGCAUUUGGAUAAAAGAUCUAUUCUAUCUCCGAUCGAAUCAUCCAUUCUUCAUCCUUAUCUUUAUCGCCAUUUUCCUCGUUUUUUAUAAUAUUUGGUGGCUGAAUGCUCCGGUUGCAUCUGAGCCUCCAAGCGAAACGUCCAAAAUCAUUGUUUAUGAUAACUUUCGGUUGACUAAACACAAAUUUGUGAGAUUAAUGAUAUGUAUCCCUCCAACAGUCGUAGACUAUCGGUUUUCCUCUGUGAACGAUGCGAUUCGUCUGACUAAUUUAGAGUUUCCUGAUUUAGAAUUCACGAAAGAGGUUGACAAAGCAAGAAGGAAACUAGAUGAUGGAGUGAUUGAUAUUCUAAUUCUUUUCAAUAAAUUGGUCGAAACUGGAAGAGACAUUGAGUACAAUAUUAUAAGUCAAAAAGGAGAUUUGAAUAAACAUUAUUGUAUUCAUUGUGAUAAUGAGAGAAAAGAAACAUGGGGAAAUGCAGUUGAAUCACAAGUAAUUGUCAACCGUUUCCUCUAUUGGGUUGUCAGAUCAAGAGGAUUCAAUCAUCGAAGACCUCACUUCCAAAUCAGUAAUAUCUAUAUUAAAGGAACUGAUUCAGAUCCCAUGUAUUCGAAAAGACAAACUGAUCUAUUCAUUACGUGGCUUCUUCUUCUUCCGAUUUGCUCUCGACUGAUUGAUUUGUGGAAUGAGGAAAGAGAAAGUGGAUUCUAUAAAAUGUUUCUAUUUCUUCGUGCCCGCAGAUUCGAGUAUUUCAUCGCCAAAUUUGUUUUUUGGUACGGAAUUUCACUGCUUAUCAGUGGUAUUGUCUUGGCAGUAAAUGUGCUAAUCGUGCCAAUGGUUUAUAGUCCAACAUACGUUCCAUUUGUUAUCUCUUACGCAGCAUGUAUCACUACUUUUGCUAUAUUCCUUGCAACUCUUUUCCCCGGAUCGCCAUUCUUUGCUAAAUUCGUUGGAUUACUGUUGAUGGCUGCUGGAGAAUUUGGAUUUGGGAAUGUUUAUCAAGGGAUUACAUUCUUUCAACUAUCUGUUCGAUUCUUUGGAAAAAUAGAGAAUGAUGGAUUCGCAGUGGAUGCGAUAUGUCUUGCAUGCAUGACUGUCAACUGUAUUCUGAUGAUGGCUUUAUCCAUAUACCUCGACACUUUCUUCUUCUCUUACACCCAGGAACCACUCAAAUUCUAUUUUCUAAUUGAACGUGCCUACUGGAAGCCUACUCCGAGAGCUCCGAAAGUUGAUCAGUUCUUCAUUCAACAAAUUCUUACACCACGAGAGGAAAAGCCAGAAGAAAAAGAAAAGAAGCCAGAAGACGGGAAAUCUACAGAUAAGGUUGAUAAGGCGCCGUCAGUGAAAAAGGAACCAGUGGUGAAAGGUCCUCCAAAGAAACCGAAUCUACCAUUGGUUAUUCUGCAUGGUAUUUGUAAAAGAAUCAAUAAUCAAUGGAAAGUGAAUCAAGUUAGUUUGACAAUUCGACUAGGAGAAGUUACGACAUUUUAUGGAAAUCAUGGAUGUGGAAGUGAAGAGAUUCUAUCUAUAAUAAGUGGACGAAUGAAUCCAGAAUAUGGAGAAGUUAUGAUGGAAAAGUCACAGAGACCUUUGGUGAUUUCGAUGGCGUUUGAUGUUCCGAUUGUGAAUUAUUUCACUGUUGAAACGUAUCUUGAGUUUGUUAGUAGAAUGAGAGGUGUUUCAAUGCAAUCUGGUACUCUGAAAGAAAUGUUAAAAGAACUUGAUCUUGUUAAAGUAGAGGACCGUUCACUAGAUCUUCUCUCGACAACUCAGAGAGAACGCCUUCGAAUUGCAGCUGCUUUUGCUGGAGAACCAGACAUUGUUCUGAUCGAUUGGCCAACAAAGGAAUCAUUACCCGAUUGGAAAUAUAUGAUUCUUCGAUUCAUUGAAAAACGAAAAGAGAAAAGAUCGAUCAUUAUUUCUUCAUAUGAUGCAGAAGAAACAGAGACUAUUUCAGACAAAGUAGUUCUGUUGAGUGAAGGAUUUGUUGUUAUGAAUGGAUCGUGUGAAAGAAUUCAACAAUCAAUUGAAAGUGUUUUCGAAAUUCGUCUCUGGCCAGUGAAUAUAUUCACAGAUGAUCAGAUUACUGGAAUGAUCGACGCACUGACAUUGGGUGAUCCAAGAAUGAGAAACGAAGUCAAAUUCUUCGAAACACCCAACGGAAAGAUUCGUAUAACGUUGCCUGUUAUUUUCAGAAGAAGCAUCAGUUUGAUCCUUCAAGAACUUGAAGCGGUGGCUGCACAAUAUCAAAUUGCGUUUAUUGAGAUAAACAAGCCAAAUAUACAUGAUGUUUACACGAACUCAGUCUAUGAACCACGUCAGUAUGAACCUCUUGCAAACUAUGAGCAACUGAAAGAGUACUAUUCGAAACAAGAACGAACGAGCCGAACUAUACACUUUUUCAAAAAUAUGGUCCGAAUCUUGAAAGAUAAACAGUUUCUGUUCCAAGCAGUCGCUAUUUCUGUUCUCUUUUUUGCUCUCGCUCUGCUGACUCUCAUCUCUUUUUAUGGAACAAAACAACAUUUUACUCAUGAGAUAUCAUUCGAAUCUCAUGACUUUCCAAUUACAAUAUAUUGUGAUGACUGUUAUAAAGAGGAAUCGGAACAAGUCACGUUUGUGAAAAAGAGUGGAUCACAACAGUUAGCAGAUAAUCAAGCGGUUGUCUACUGGAAAAAGAAGUCUGCAUUGUCUGACUUGGAGCUAGUUUCUGUGAGUCGUGGAGAUGAUACAUUCACAAUGAUCAUACAGAAUUAUGUGAUGUCUCUAAUGGUUUCAAAGUUAACUGGAAAAUAUCCGCAAAUCAAAACAACUCUUGAGAACGGAAAGUUUCGAGCGAGUAGUACUAAAUCUGGAUUCUCAACUGUAUUCAAUGAUGUCAACAAGAAUCAAGCGGCUAUGAUUUUAUCAGAGUCGUAUGCAUUAAUUUAUAUGUUGGGAGUAUUCCAAACAUUCGUCUACACUCUUUCCGCAAUCCUUCCAUUACGAUUAGUUUCAGUGAAUAUGAGGUUGAACAGUCACUUGUUCCCAUGGCCUCGUUACUUGUACUUUGGACUUCUUUUCGCUGCGAAUAUCGCUGUUUUCUUGGUUCUUUCCAUAAUUCUAAUCGUUAUAACUUUGAUCGCGGGAUUCUUUUCAACUAGCACAGCCUCAUGUUUCUUCAGUUUAUUUGGAGCAUGGUUCAUGUCAUAUGUAUCCACUCUUCCACUAAUUUACCUUCUCGUCUUUUCUGUCAAUAAUCCGAUGGCUGUUAUUCCUACUGUCAUGGCAGUAUCUUCUCUUCUUGUCAGUCUUCCCAAUAUGGUUUCAUCGUUUUCUGCCGAAAAUCAAAUAUCGUUACAGUCGUUACUCCAAUUCGUAAGCUGGGUAUGUAUGAUAAGUCCUCCAACUUCUCUUCAAGUUCUUGCUGCUUUUCUGAAUGCUGGAGAGUUUCUUGAAGAUAAUAGAGGAACUAUCAGAGCACUCAUUUUAUUCUGUGGUGCUCAGUUUUUAGUCCUCAUGGUUUUCGCAGUUUGUGUUUUCCAACCUGGAUUCUCUCUCAUUCGACAACAUUGGUUCACAUCUUCUACUGCAGUCAAAUCAGUAUUCGAGAGAGGAACAACUUUGAAGCCAGGUGCUCGAAUCAAGAAUAGUUUUGUUUUCUCAACUAUAAAUGGAGGAACAACAGGAGAAACAGGAGGAGAGAAACCAUCGAUUGGAGAUACUCCGAGUCGAUCCGUGGCUGGUGGAGAAGAAGUCGAAUCGAAAAUAAGUUCCGAUAACUUAGCAGCAAAUUCAACGAGUAUUGAAGAUAUGAGCUAUAUCACGAACUAUGAAGAGCAUCUGAUUGAGAAAAUGUCGUCGAUGAAGAGAUGGGAUAACAAUCAAGAGCUUCCAGUUGAUAACUCAGCCACUUAUUUGUUGGGAGAUCAAACGGUAUUGAAGAGUUCUCUGCUGAAAACAAUUGCUGAAACGAAUACAACAGAACAAGUAGCUUAUGUCCCAUAUACUGAGUGCCUUCCAAUCCUCUACACUCCAUUCGAACUUCUUGAAAAUGUGGCAGCAUGUCAUGGAUUCGAAGUAACUGAAGACCAUAUCAACUAUCUUUUGAAUGCUUUCGACAUGAAAUCACUGGCUACCACUCCAAUUAAAUUGUUGACAGAUUCUGAUCGACGCAUUUUGAUGUUACUAACGAAACUAGUGAUAAAACCAUCAAUUGUGAUACUUGAUCAACUCGAAAUGUUCCUUCCUCAUCCGAAAAUGAUGACUGUUUGGGCUCUUUGUGCACGUCUUCGUGCCGAUGGAGUCGGUAUAAUCUACACUUCUCGUAACAAUAGUUUUGCUGAACACACUGCAACAAGUUGUGCUCAUGUGUAUAAAUGUCAAUUCAUGAACACUCAUCCAUCUGCUUCAAUCAAAGCUGGAAUGGGAUGCACUAUUUUGGAAGUUGUUCCGAAUGCUGAGACAGAAACCGAUAAAUUACUGAAAAUGCUGCUGCUUUCGAUGCCUGAUGCAACAGUUAUGCCAUCAGCUAACAAGAAUGUUUUAUUGAAUUUCAGGAAAGAUGAUGCAGAAACAAUGAACAUGAUCGUUGGAAUAAUUCGGUCAUUGAGUACUUAUAUUCAAUCUUAUUCUAUUCGUUCUGGAAACUUCGACGAGUUCGUCGCAUCAGCAUUCGGAAAGUGA